AUGGGGGCGCGUGUUGCCUCGGUGGACGACGCUCCUCAGCGCUUUGCGCGUUCUCCUACGCCAGCUCGGUCACCGACCCCGGAGUUUUACCAUCAUCUUGCAGAAGCCGAAAGGCUAGAACAAGAAGGUAUCGAGGAGGGAGAAAGGGCAAGGAUGGAAGCUGCCGAAGAAGAGCAGCGUCAUGGAGAGAGCAAAGCCGGCAUCCACAUGUCAAUUGCUCUAGCUGCCCGCUCUCGAAUGUUGCCCUCGAUGGAGGAGCAAUUUCCUCUUAUUCCUGCGCGGCGUAUCGACUUGGAGGAGGACUCAUGGGGCGAUUGGGCCAGCCACUCCCGAGUACGCACUUUUGUGCGGCGACAAGAGGAGUUGUAUGCAGAACAGGGCCAGAGCUGGACCUAUUGGUGGCACAAAAAGGAACAGCAGCCUAUCCCAUCGUGCAGGGAUUUGAUUGGCGAGCCGUUGAAUCUUUUGAGCAAGGCUAUGACUGUGCCGGGGUACUUGGAGGAAAUGGUGGUUGGGAGUGCAGUGCCUGCUCUUCCUUUGGAGGAUGGAGAAGUGAUUUUCUGUCCCUAUGGAUCCACCGAGGAUGUGCCUUGGGCUCAUGGUUGCCUUCCUCAAAAGGAACAGGAGCUCAGGUGGUUGCUUCGCGAGCCUCCUUUGGAGCAACCCGAACGCCCGAUCGAGACGGCGGAGGUGGAAUGCAUGACCACCGAAUUGGAGGACCAUCACGAGAAGAUCCUUUCCCAGCUUACCCAGGCUGCUUCGGCCGUGGAUUUUGGAUGCAGCUUGAAGGUCAUCACCAUCGUGGUGGAUCAACUUGGGGAAUCUUUGGUCUCCAACAAGUCCGUGCACCCCAAGUUGCUUCCGAUGUCUUACCACCUUCAGCAAGGCCACAACUUUGCCCUGUACCUCCUUGGGUUGGUGAACUUGUACCAGGAGCACAACGAGAAGUACGACAUUGGCCAUGCGGAAAGGGUGACGUCGGAAACCACUCCGAUGUGGAUACAGAAAUGCAUCUGGGAAGUGAUCGGCAAUGUGAUCAAGAACGAGGCCAAGGAGCAUUACUCCCUGGAGGAAUAUCGGGCGUCCACAAAAGCUGCCCGAUCCAAGGCGGCAGCCCGACCUCCACCGGAUGGUGGCAGCGAUACGGAAUCUUCCUCAUCAGGUGGUUUGUUGGUCCUGCACAGGUCGUACGAGGACCUCGGCUGGAUGGGGCGGAGUAUCCUCAACGAGCUUCGAGGAAAGCCAUCGGAGCCCCGGGAAAUCACGGGGGCCGACUAUUGGAACCUCCACAUUGUGCCGGGGGAGCCCGUGGGAACUCCGGAGCCUCCAGCCGUUCCACCUUUGGCGGUCCCGACGCCGCCGCCGAUCCCAGCAUUUCGGCUGCCUCCACACCCUCCGGCGUCGGUGUCUGGAGAGAGCAACUUGGAGGCCUGGAGGCUGUUGGAUCCUUCAGAAGUUGGUUUGCCACCUACUCCGCGGUCUUUGCCUCCAACGCCUGUAAGCCGAGGGUCAGUUUCGCCAAGGCGCUCGAGGUCCCCACGACGGAUUCCACCAAAUCCAGAGCUUGCAUCGAUCUUUGCCAGUGUAAGAGAGACGAUAGCUGUUUCGCAGAGCCAGCUCCAAGGCUCCGGCUCCAGCAGUUCGUUUCCCCCACAACCUCCAGGAUUGUAA